AUGCUUAGUAUUCUUGAAAAUGAUCAUUGGCGGUUUUCUCCCAUGAGGCACUUCGUAAGCUCUUUUAUUUUAUGGGAAGUUACGGCAGACAUAAAAAGUGCGCCGUGCGUUGCUACACUAAGAAACUUCGACGAGUUAGGAGAGAAAGCAAGGGAUGUUGCUGUACUGCGAGAGUUUGUGAACUCGCAUUUCAAUCCGCCAGGCACAGAACUUGUGGAAUGGUAUCCUCGCGACUGGGUCGAUUUCCCUUCGACCUUUCUGAGUAUACAUGAUUACCACCAUCGACGGUGGGCACUUCAUUUGCAUCGUAUUUGGAGAGAUCUAUGUAGACGGGUACGGGAAGAUGUUCGUAAACAUCAAGAUCACUAUUCUCUUUUGUAUGUCCCUCAUCCAUUUAUCAUUCCUGGUGGACGCUUUCGGGAGUUUUAUUAC